AUGGCGGAGAGCCCGGGGGGAUCUGAAGCUCCGCCGCCGGAGGGGAGCGACGUCCCGCGGGAAGGAGACGAUAAGGAAACAGCGGCGGGGGAGCUGCAGCCCGGGGCGUCCCUAAACGGGGCGCCCCAAGAUGGGGCAGCGGAGUCCCAGGACGAGUCCCUAGCCAGUGAGGUGCCGAGGCAGAGUGGGGAGGCGGUGGCUGGGAAGGAGCUGGUGGUGGUGCCUCCCGGGGACAGCGGCGGGACAGGGAGCGGCUCUUCCGAAGGGGCGGUGGAGACCCCGGGCGGGCCGGGUGUGGGGCAGCAGGCUCUGACGGGGGCUGAGCAGCGAGACUUCGACGGGGGCGACCUGGGGGGCGAGGGUCUGCCAGGAAGGCAGCUGGUGGCCACGGGCAUAGACGCUCCCCAAGGCUCCGCGCCGGAGAAGGCAGACUCCGAGGAUGCGGCUGUGGCCCCGUCGGGGACGGAGCCCAACGAGGCAGCCCCGGAAGGAGGAGACCCCGAGGAGGCAGUCCCGGCGGGGACAGACGCCGCAUGUGUGGCCAUGGCCCCGACGGGAACGGAGUCUGGAGAGACGGAGGUGGCUCCGGUAGGGCCAGACCCCGAUAAGGCGGUGAGGGGGCCAGCCUCGACCGAAACAGACCGCGAGGAUGCGGUGAGGACAGAUCCUGAGGAGGCUGUAGUGACAGUCCCGGGAGUGACAGACGCUGGAGAGGCGGCGAGGACAGUCCCGGCGGAGACAGACCCUGAGGAGGCAGCGAAGAUAGACCCUGAGGCGGCUGUGGCGGCAGUUCCGGGACGGACAGACCCCGAAGAAGCAGCGAGGACAAUCCCGGAGGAGACAGAACCCGAAGAGGCGGCGAGGACAGACCCCGAGGAGGCUGUGGGGACAAUCCUUGGAGGAACAGACCCCGAAGAGGCGGCGAGGACAGACCUCGAGGAGGCUGUGGGGACAGUCCUUGGAGGAACAGACCCCGAAGAGGCCGCGAGGCCAGACCACGAAGAGGCGGCGGUGGCAAUCCCGGGGGAAAUAGAGCUCGAAGGGACGGCGGAGCCAAGCACUGAGGUGAUGAUGAGGAAGGAAGUCCCGCCGGGGACAGACCCCGAAGAGGUGGGGGAGGAAGCCCUGUCGGGAGCAAGCCCCGAAGAGGCGCUAAGCCAGGCAGUCCCGGAGGCGACAGACCCCGAGGAGGCGGAAGCGACAGUUUCGGCGGGGACAGUCCCCGAAGAUGCCGUGUGGGAGGCAGCAUCGGCGGCGGCCCCGGCGGGGAGCGGGGAGGCUCCCGAGAACCGCGGGGAGGUAGAGGUAGCGUUGCUGCCCGGAGGGGAGUCCGACGGCGGGCGGCGGUCGCCGGCCGGCCCCGAUGGCGAGGACGGAGCAGAGGCGCCGGGGACGGAGCAGGGAGCAGCUGUCCCGGCUGUGGCAGAAACGGGGAGCGCGGCCCUGGGAGCAGGGGAAGGCGGCGCGGCGGAUCAGCACGACGGGUCCCUGGGCCCCAAGGAAGGCGAGUGGGACGCCGCAGGUCGGAGCCUGAACGGUGUGCAGGGCCGGGUGGAGGACGAGGAAGACGAGACUGGCUCUCCCGCUGCUCUGGAGGAGGAAGAGGAGGAUGAGAAGCAGGAACAUGACAUCUCCCUCUUCGUCAAGGCUGGCAGUGACGGGGAAAGCAUUGGAAAUUGCCCGUUCUCACAGCGCCUCUUUAUGAUUCUGUGGCUGAAAGGUGUCAUAUUUAACGUCACAACCGUGGAUUUGAAAAGAAAGCCUGCUGACCUGCAGAACCUUGCCCCAGGAACAAACCCCCCCUUCAUGACAUUUGAUGGUGAAGUGAAAACCGAUGUCAAUAAGAUUGAGGAGUUCUUGGAAGAGAAGCUAGCACCACCCCGGUAUCCCAAACUUGCACCAAACCACCCUGAGUCUAACUCUGCAGGAAACGAUGUGUUUGCAAAAUUCUCUGCAUUCAUAAAGAACCCAAGAAAAGAUGCUAAUGAAAAUUUGGAAAAAUCUUUGCUUAAAGCCCUGAGGAAGCUGGACAACUAUUUAAAUAGCCCCUUGCCUGAUGAAAUUGAUGCUUACAGCACUGAGGAGAUCACUGUUUCCAGCCGGAAAUUCCUGGAUGGAGAUGAGCUCACCUUAGCGGAUUGCAACCUCCUACCAAAGCUCCAUAUAAUCAAGGUUGUUGCAAAAAAGUACAGGAAUUUUGAUUUUCCACCUGAAAUGACAGGAAUUUCAAGAUACUUGAACAAUGCCUAUGCAAGAGAUGAAUUUACAAACACUUGCCCUGCUGAUCAAGAAAUUGAGUAUGCAUAUUUGGAUGUUGCAAAGAGAAUGAAGUAA